UUCUAUGGUUGAGCUGCGUCGCUGUUGUAGCGUUUUACUUUUCAUAUGGAAUUGGACGAUAUUCACAAGAAAGGAAUCUUUUUCCUUACUUUUUGUUACAUCUCAAUUUAAUUACUGUAAUCAAAUUUUUGAAACACCUUUAAUAAUUUUCGGUGAAUUGUGAAUGAACAUUUCACAAGGAAUAACACAUCAUGAUAAAAUGUUUGGUGCUGUUACUCUUCCAAAUAGCAGUACUGCUUUCACCUCUAAGUUCCGGAAACGAAUACACAGUUGAUGGGGCAUACGAAUAUUCGAUACCAUACGACUACUCGAUCGGAGACUAUUACGGAGUAAGCGCACCUGAUUGUGGAAAAGAAAUCAAACAACUGGACGUAUUAAAAGUGAAGAAGCCAAACCAGAUCCGUAUUUCAUACACAGGGGAUCCCACAGAGAUGGCUAUAACUUGGACAACCAACUCUGUGAACCACUUCAAUGUGGUGAACUACGGGAUAAUGGAAGCUGACCUGAACUACACAUCCACUUCCAUCUCUCAUCAGUAUAAAUGGCAUUGGGACGAGGAAGAGGCUAAAUGGGUCUACAUCAGUGGCUUCAUACACGAGUGUUUGAUGGUUAACUUGAUGCCCGGCAGGAUUCACUUUUACCAGAUACUAAGUAACGGUGAAUCGUCUCAAAUCCUGAAGUUUGUAGCCGCCCCUGAACCUGGAUCACGAGCUCCAUUAUCAUUUCUACACACCGGGGAUGUAGGAACAUUCGGGACCUCCGUCAUGAUCACCAAGAACAUGAUGAACAGACAGGAGAAGAAACACUACCACGGGAUCCUACACUGUGGGGAUGUUUCAUAUGCUAACAAGUUUAACAAGACAAGACCAAAGUGGGCCGCUCAGCAUGUCUGGGACACUUGGGGCCAGAUGGCGGAACCUAUUGCCAGCAAGAUGGCUUACAUGCUUUCUCCGGGGAACCACGAAGUAGAUGUGUAUGAUAGUACGUUAGAAAACGGGACGAUAUAUUCUAAAAGGUUCAUCAUGCCUGGCAAUGAACAUUACUACUCGUUUGGAGUUGGGAUGGUUCACUUUGUGUCAGUUUCCACAGACGAAGACAUCGACCCGAGUUCAACGCAAGGAGUCUGGCUGGACAGAACUCUGGCUAAGAUCAACAAACAAAGGAAUCUUUGGCCAUGGGUUGUGGUGUUCCAACAUAGACCGAUCUACAACUCUAACAUAAACCAUGGUAAUUGGAGCGGAUCCAAUAAUUACACUCAAGAAGGUUAUGAGAUGCCCGCAUACAAGGGAUGGCCUGAUGAUUACGAAGCUCUAAUUCUAAAACACAAAGUAGAUCUGGUUCUUGCAGGACACGUACAUCACUACGAACGAUCCUGGCCUGUGAAAAACCGAGACUGAGGUCACCAAAUCCUACGAAAACGUGACGUUACCAAUCCACAUUACAUGCGGACAUGGAGGAAAGAGCCUUUAUGCGGUUGUGUGGGACUCUGACGGCCGAAACACUUACAGACCACACCAACCAGCGUUUUCAGCAGCAAGGGACAACAUGAACUGGGGGCACUGUGAGUUGGAGUUUAUAGAUGAAAGGACAGUGAGACACACUAUGUUUAGGAUGGGUGAGAGUGAGGUUCCAACCGAGGAUGUUCUUAUAACCAAAGCUGCUGGGGGAGGUGGUGCAGCGAAGGUGGGUUUCAGUUUGGGAUUAUUGAUGGGGUGCUUUAUAUUCUGGAGUCGAUUUGAUUUGAUUUGAAACUUUCAUCAAAUAAUACAGAAUAAUACAACAAGGGAACUUGAAUAAAAUCAAUGGCGACAAGGAAUGUUCGGGAAUCAGGCUGAGGAAUGCUCGGACUGGUUAGGACAGGCACAAGUAAGCAGAAUUUGACUGUACCAUAUGAUUAGGGAAACCAGUAACAUCCAUGUUAGAACACAUGUGCUAUGGACUCUUACUCUAAUCCACAUGAAACUAUGAAUGGUUUAAGGUCUUACCCACCAAAUUUAUAUUUUAAAUUCAAGUGUCAGGUUAAUUGUAUUUUAUGCAACAGAAUUUUAAGUUUCGAAUGAUCAAUUUAUCUUUAAAUUACCAAGCUUACCAAGCUUGUUAACAAAUAGCGAUGCUAGAGACAAAGCUUGGUGAGCGGCAAAUCCUGACCUCCUUGUAACCUUGUAUGUUGUAUACCGACGGGCACCAUCGGUUUUGGCAGUUUGUGAUGUUGCAAUUUGCAUAUUAUAUUCUUAAAAGAAAAAAAAG